CCUCAACGGAAAAUAUUGUAAUUAGAGUGGAAGUGUGAAUGUGAUGCAUUUCGUAUGGGAUAAUGCGGAUUUUUCCACAAUAAUACAGAAAAAUUAACCAAAACGGUUAUGUAAAUAAGAGCGAAGUGUAGCGAGUGGCCCAUACCCGGCGCUAGUGGUGAAAAGUGAGCAAUUUUCCUUCAUGAGCGUCUUUCCCCCGGCGUGAAACGCGCAAAUUUCCUUCCAUUGUGCACCGAGUUCGCUUGUAACCAAACAAUACCAACUGUGCACUUGUUAGAUCACUACAACCCACAACAAUGUCCGAAAGCGACCUGCCCGACCUUGCGCCGCCGGAGGCCGAAUCGGCCGCCGCGCCGCCGCCGCCUGAGGAGCCCCCCGAGGAGGCCGUGAACGGCGGCGACGACAAGCCCCCGACGCCCGUCUUGGAGGAGCCCCCGUCAAGUGAGUCCCCUGACGACACCAGCACCCCCAAAACCAGCCGCGAGCUCAAAUCCAUUCUCGCUUUGUCCAAAGAGGCGAAGUUAGACACGAAUCUGUCAACAAAUAGACGCAAAACGCUAGAUAAAAUCAAGGGCACGCCGAAAAAAUCGCCCAAAAUGACGAGUUUUCCUGUUACAGCCGAGAGCGAAUUGGAAAAUUUCGACGUGAAAAUCGAAGAGAAAAAGGCGAAAAAAAGAAAAUCGAGCUUUGGCGUCGAAAGCGGGGUAGAGGGCGCCACCGCGGAAGAGGCGAGGAGGGGUCUGCAGUUUUAUAACAACGAUUUUAUCAUGGCAAGGAAGCCCAACAAAGACAUCUUUUGCUGGCGUUGCCACCACGAUGGCGUGCAAGUGGCAUGCGAGACGUGCCCCAGGGCGUACCAUCUCAGGUGUCUCAAACAGACAAUCACAGAUUUGGAGCACUGGCCAUGUCCCGAAUGUGUUGCAAUACUUAAAGCUGAGAAUACACAAACUAGGUCUAAAGCUAUGAAAGGAAUGUCUCUCGAACACCUUUGUAGUUUGCUCAAAUUUGCUGUGAAGAGGAUGAUACAAUGCAAUGGGUCUGAGCCGUUUAUACAUCCCGUCGACGAGAAACAGUUUCCUGAAUAUAGAAAUUACAUCGUUCAACCCAUGACUUUGACCAUGUUGGAGAAAAAUAUCAAGGAUAAUGCGUAUGGGAGUACUCAAGCUUUCGAGUCAGAUGCUAAGUGGAUUUUACAUAACAGCAUCAUCUUCAACUCAUCCUUUCCAGAUCAGUCCAAGCUCACGACCGCUGCGAAAACAAUCGUAAAAAUUUGCAAACAAGAAAUGGCCGAAAUUGAAAACUGUUCUUCGUGCUAUCUAAACGCCAACACCAAAAAACACACAUGGUUCGUGGAGGUGUGUCCCAAGCCCCAUCUCUUGGUCUGGGCGAAACUCAAAGGAUUCCCUUAUUGGCCCGCCAAAGUCAUGUCGAUUAAUUCAACUGGUAUGGCGGACGUCCGAUUUUUCGGUGCCCAUGACAAGGCGUGGGUCAGCGUCAAGGACUGCUAUUUGUAUUCGAUCAAAGACCCCAAUUCUGGCAAACAAAAACGAAAUGAUAUCAUCGAAUGUGUCAAAGAACUCGAGUUGUACGUCGAUAAUUUGCGCAAGAUUUACGGAAGAGUGAAUUUCGCACCGUUUAAAACGCCACUCGAGGCGGACACGCAGAUGAGACAGUUGCAAGUGUUUUUACCGAAUUAUAAAAACGAAGGAAAGGAAGUUGUGAAGAAGGUGAAAGAUGGAGGGAAAGUUGAGAAGUUAAAAGUUGAGGGGAUUGAAAGUCUGGGUGAUUUGGAACGGGGACAUAGUGGGGAGAGUAGUGAAGAAGAGGAGAAUGAAGAAGAAGAGGAGGAGGAUAAGGGGAAGAGAAAGAGUGAGAGUUCGAACGGGGAUAAGCAGAAAGAGGCCUCCAUGACGAGAAUCGACUACUGUGAAACUCCCCCAGAAAAACCCAAACUGGUAGCAAAGCCAAUUAAAACUAUAAUCAUUAGAAAACGUUACUCGGUCGAUAAUCUUCAGGAAAACUCUGCGAAGAUUGCACGAAAAGAGUUGAAUAAAACCGAUACCACUCGAUGGUCGUUGGAUAAUCAUGUAAAGCAAAAUUUGACGACGGUCAAUACGAAUAAUCUUCAAAAGGAAGAAGAAAAAGUUUCAAGUAAUGCUUUGUCUCAAAUCAAAUUACGGAUAAGUGACGAGCUUAUCAAGAAAUUGGGUGAUUUGGACGAAGACGGCAAUGAAACGAAGGAAAGUGAAAGUAAGAAAGAAGAAAAUGACAGUAAAGUUGAAGAAAAAACAAGUGAAGAUGAUGAAUUAAGUAAAGAUAAGAUUGAGGAAGAAAAGUCUGAAAUAGAGGUGAAAAAUAAGACUGAAGAAGAAAAAAGCGAUGAAAAUAAAACAAUGCCAGAAAAAUCAGAUAAAUCUGAAGAGUUGAAAGUUGUUGAAGAUAAGACAUUAGAAGAUGAUAAAGAAGCAGAAGUAGCAAUAGACUCAAACAUACGUAAAGAUAUUACAAAAGAAGACGAAAGUACGAAAGAAUCCUCUAAAAAACGUAAACUUGAUGAAGAGGAAUCGGAAGAUGAUUCGACUAUAUUUCCGCCAAAUAAAAUGGUAAAACUUGUACCUAUCGAAAAUAUUUUACAAAAAAAGGACGUAGUGGAACCUCCGUCAAAUAAACAGGAACAAUUAAUACUUUUAAAAGAAAUUCGGGUCGUCAAAGACGGUAAAAAUAAAACCCAAAAACCCGAAUCCGAAGAUAAAACAUCGAAAGAGCCUCCAGUAAAAAUAAAAAGCGAAGUGGAAUCAGACGAGGAUAAUAGCGACGUCCAAUACAUGGAAGCGAAACGUCAAUACCUCUCCGCUUUGAACAUAUCCGAAAAACAAAAAGUCCCGACAAAACCGAAAGCUCACGAAAUCCGGACACGAUCAAAAACCGAGGAGAAGAAGAGUCGAAAAGAAGAGAACACUUCCAAAUCGAACGAAACGUCUAAAGAAAUCUACAUCAAAUCACUGUCCAAAAUGCAAACACCCAAACACAAAGCACGGAAGUCUUUCCCGACCCCCAACUACAGCAAAAAGACAAUUGUGGCGCGGAAAAUCGUCCCGAAGACAGCCCUAGACGACGAAUUAACAAUCGUCAAUGCGACAACGUUGCAACCCACCGGAAACGUGAUGAUUUUACCGAAAUUACACUACACCAAACCCGUCACCAGAGAUUUGAGUAGUCCACCAAUGUUGACGAUGUUGUCACGUCCACAGGUUGAUGCAAAUGCCCCUACAAAAAAGGUCGUCGAAGGGUCGCAAAAUUACAUCCCCCAGAACGAGGAAGAGGCUCGGAGUAGCAUGUUGUUGAAUAAUUUGUUAACGAGCGGGUCAGCACCACCUAUCAUUGACGUUGAUAACCAAUCGAAUUCUUUGGAGUCCGAAUUGGGGGCGUUGAAGGAAAUCCUCCCCGAGAAUGUGUCGAAAGGCGUGAACGAAAUUCUAUGCCAACCGCCCCCGAAACUGAAACCUAAACCGUUGGGAGUGUUGAGUAGUGUGGUGGAGUCGGGGGUUCCCAGCACGGCGGGGCCGGUGGCGUCGAGGAUCAAUUCCAUGGCACAGAAGCUUGCUGAUUAUUUUCGAGGAUUGUUGGUUGAGACGAUUAGUGAUAUAGGCAAGAGUAGUAAUCCGGAAGCGACGAUAAGUACUUUGAAGUACGAAAUUGAGGAGUUGAACCAUAAACAUAGUAUUGAAUUGUCGGAGAUCAGGAGGAACGUCUCGAUUGUGUUGAAGGAUAUUCAGAAAAGCGUUGUGGAAGAGAGGGAGAGGAUUAUUAACGAGACGAAGGCGAAUUGCGAGAUGGAAAUGAUGAAGAGGGUGGAAGAAGCGAAGUCCAAACAGUGGUGUGCGAAUUGCUCAAAAGAGGCCCAGUUCUACUGCUGUUGGAACACCAGCUACUGUGAUUACCCAUGCCAGCAGAAACACUGGUUGAAACACAUGAGUAAAUGUACGCAAAACGUCGCUCAAAAUCAGACAUCGACAACACCAGUACGACAGACAUCCCAACAGCUAGUAUUAACGCCGACGUCGGCGCCGAAAUUCGGGGCUUUAUUCGCCAAACCGCAGAAAGUUUACCUUAAAAGGACAAACGCACCGUUUAAGCAAACAACCGGAAGCCAUAUAACUCUUGUCGAGUCAACGCCGGGAAACUUUGAAUUGUUGGGGAGCGGUCCCAUAGCCGUCAAUGGCAAAAUCUUAGCAAGCACGUCAGUGAUUGAAAAAAUCAAAAGUGGUAAUAUAGUGACAGUUACGGCGCCGUCUGGCCCCACAAACACACAGUUAACGAGUGCGAAUCAAAAAGUGAAUACAGUUACGAAAAGUACUGCCAGUUCUUCAGACAGUGAACAUUAAAUUCAAGACUGCCAAAUAAGGAGAAAAUAUCAUGUUUUUCACGUUCGUGUUUCAAGAUCUGAUAUUACAAAGUUGUUUGUAGCUCCUCAUAGAACUUAUGGUGUAAAAACAAUUAUUUUUAGUAGUAUGUUAAUUCUUUUUAUAACAUGAGUACACGUUACUAUAACUUUUUUUAUUUAGUGUAUGUAUGUGAAGUUAAAUAAAACAGCUUUAUAUUUUGAA